UAUAAAUUACGCCGAUUUGUUGAGAAUAUGCGAGUGUGUGUACUGUACGCUUUCGUGAAGGACCCUUCAGUAGUUUGUUAAAAAAUGAUUGUAAUUACGGUUGGUAUAAUUACUUAUUAUUUCUCGAUCUGUUAUGCACAACACAAACAUGGAUAUGGGCAUGGUUCAUCGUACACAUCCCUCAACGUAGGUCACCAAGCUGCACAUCACCUUUCUGCAUACGAACAUGAGGACCUUCAUCAUCACAGUCAUCCUAAAUAUGAAUUUAAAUAUGGCGUGGCCGACCCACACACGAAAGAUUUUCAUAAUCAACACGAAGUACGCGAUGGAGACGUCGUAAAGGGAGAAUACUCAUUGCACGAACCCGAUGGAACAGUACGUACUGUAAAGUAUUCAGCGGAUCACAAGAGUGGUUUCAAUGCCGAAGUUAUUAAAUCCGGACAUGCCGUUCACGAUGUGCCGCACUUACCAAAAGCUGUGCAAGCAUAUGGUCAUCAUGGUCAUUUCUCGCAAACCAUGUUAAUAUAGUCAUAUACUAUU